UCCCCCACCCGACCCCGAGCGUCCAGGGUGCCGUGCCGGCAGCUGGUGGAAAGAACUGGUGCUGGGCUGGGGCAACCAGAAUCAGCUAAGCGGCAUCAUUGCAGAGGACAAGCUAACUCCAGCCGAGGAGCCUGCCUGGGGUGCUCACGGAAAGCAGAGGGAAGACGACCAGUGAGGCGAAGAUGGGUCACUACGCACUUUAUUGACUGGCUACCCCCGUUUAAAGACCUGAGCCCCUCGAAGCUGGAGAGGGGAGGUGAGAGCUGAGAGGGCUCCCGCAGUCUGUCUUGUAGAAGCGGCGUUCGGGCGCCAGGUUCACGGAUGGAGAGGCGCCCUACAACCCAGAACACGCUCCUGCAGUAAACCCUGCCCCGGGAAAGACUGCGCUAACUCCAGCUUAACGUCCUCUUGGGAACCUAGCAGCGCGCGCCUAUUUCCAGAUUUCCCGGAGUCCCCAGCGACCCUCAUAGCGGCAGUGAGACCCUGCACGGAGCUGGAAAGACCAGUUUAGCUGGAAACAGCUGCCGGAUUCGCAGCUUCCCGCACAAAGAGCAUCCCCAGAUCUCCCGAGGACACCUUUGCAGCUGGGAGUAAUUCCCCAGUUGGCUGCUGCCUUCGGGGUGCUGCGCGGACACCUGGGAAUGGAGAAACCUACAGAGCACCCUGAACGCGCGAACGCGUCGGUUCUGGGCCCCAUGCCCUGGCCUCCGUUGGCUGUACAGGCAGUGACCUUGACCCUGGUUCCCCUCGUGUGCGCCGUGGGCAUGGCAGGCAACGCCAUGGUGGUCCUGGUGGUGGUCCGGAGCCGCCACAUGGUCACACCCACCAACUGCUACCUGGUGAGCCUGGCCACCGCGGACCUGUUGGUGCUCCUGGCGGCCGGAGUGCCCACCGUGGCCGAGGCGGCAUCUGCCCGUGUUUGGGUCUUUGGCCACGCAGGCUGCUUGGGCAUCACUUAUUUGCAGUAUGUGGGCAUCAACGCGUCCACAGGUUCCAUCACCGCGUUCACGGUGGAGCGCUACCUCGCCAUCUGCCGUCCUUUGCGCGCCCAGGCUCUGUGUACGGUGCCACGGGCCAAGCGCGUCGCGGCGUCGGUGUGGCUGGGCACCGGCGCCUACUGCGUGCUCUGGCUCUUCCUGGCGGACACGCGCGAGACCUCGUACGCCGACGGCGUGCAGGUGCAGUGCGGCUACCGCGUGUCGCGCUCUCUCUACCUGCCCGUCUACUUCCUGGACUUCGCGCUCUUCUACGCGCUGCCCCUGGGCCUGGCCACCGUGUUCUACGCGCUCAUAGCGCGCGUCCUCUUCGCGGGGCCGCUGCCUCCGGGCGAUCCGGGACGCUGGGGCUCUGCGCACCAGGGUGGCCCCGCUGGCCAAGGGCGCUUCUCUUCCCGCGGCAGCAGAGGUGCCCUCAACUCCCGGAAGCAGGUCACCAAGAUGCUGGUGGUGGUGGUGAUCCUUUUUGCUCUGCUGUGGCUGCCCUACCGCACGCUGGUGGUGGUGAAUUCCUUCCUGAGCCCGCCCUACCUCAACCUCGGCUUCCUUCUCUUCUGCCGCCUUUGCAUCUACCUGAACAGCGCCAUCAACCCCAUCGUCUAUGCCCUCAUGUCCCAGCGCUUCCGGGAGGCCUUCCAUGGGCUAUUUCAGUGCAGGCUGACCCAGCCCAAGCUCCCAACCCAGGAGGCCACCCUUGUUUGCUGCCCUGUCAUCAAAGACUAUUCCCAGCACAGACUGCGUUCUUGGAAGGAACCAGGGAGCCUGAUGUCCAGGCAGGGAGGGGAUCCUGGCACCUUAGGGCAAAGUCCAUCCUCUUAA